AGAUCGCGUACAGUAAUAGGGAUUUUAAUUUGGAUUUAAUUACGCCUGUCCAAUAACUAAACUAGAAAACUUGCUGAAUUCUAUUAUGGGACACCUGUCCAAUCACUAGAUAACUAUACUUACCACAUAUUUCUACAAUUUUCAACGUGUUUAUGUAUAAUUAACUGGAGAUAGCAGUAAAAUUAAUUUAGUAAUCGAUUUGACAGUUAUUGGACAGCUGUCCAAUAACUAAAUUUGACCGUCCAAUCACUAAAUUGAUUUUUUAGGAUUGUAGUAAAAUGCCUAAACUUAGAAAAUACGAUAAGAAUAAACUUAUAGAAGCUGUUAAGGAUGUCCAAAAUGGCACUGAAUCGUAUAGAACAGCUGAAAAAAAAUAUGGAAUUCCGAAGUCCACUAUAGAAUUUAAAUUAAAACAUCCGGAACAUAAAGAUACACUUGGACCGUCUCCUAUUUUAACUUGCGAGGAGGAGAAUACUCUGGUUAGAUGGAUACAAGAAACCGCUUCAAAAGGUUUCCCCAAAAAGGCUAACGAUUUAAAAAGCAGCGUGCAAAAAUUUUUAACUGAAAAUCCUCGCCCCAAUAACUUUAAAGAUAAUCGACCUGGAGAUGGAUGGUUAAAACAUAGACAGCAUAUACCUAACGAUGGUGAUCUAUUUAUAUGUCACAACUGCUUCAAUCUGCAGGAUAGUGAUUCCGAUGCUAAUAACAGUAACCAAGACAGUGAGGAUGAAGAUAUUGACGAACUUUUCACUCAAUACAAAGAAGCACAGAAGCAAUUAUAA